GUGGAGCGGCAGCACGGACGGACAUUUUCACCCUGUGUCGAAAACAAAUACAACAAAUUAAGAAGAAGGAGAAGAAGGAGAGCAGAAUAACCUUAACGAGUCGUUCUUGUUUGAGGUCAAAGUUCAACAGUCAUCAUGGCCGACGAAUCAGACAUGCGCAAUGAGCUGGCAGAUCUGCAGACACGCGCAGACCAGAUAGCCGAUGAGUCUCUGGAGAGCACUCGGCGCAUGCUGUCUCUGGUUGAGGAGAGUAAAGAUGCCGGCAUCAGGACUCUGGUCAUGUUGGAUGAGCAGGGAGAACAACUGGAACGCAUCGAGGAGGGGAUGGACCAAAUCAAUAAGGACAUGAAGGAUGCAGAAAAGAAUUUGAACAAUCUAGGACAGUUCUGUGGUCUAUGUUCAUGUCCCUGUAACAAGAUUAAGGGCGGGGGCCAGGCCUGGGGAGCGAACCAGGAUGGAGUGGUGAACAGCCAGCCGGGUGCUCGAGUGAUGGACGAACGUGAACAGAUGGCCAUCAGCGGGGGCUUCAUCCGCAGGGUAACAGAGGAUGCCCGGGAGAACGAGAUGGAUGAGAACCUGGAGCAGGUGGGCGGGAUCAUUGGCAAUCUGCGUCACAUGGCCCUGGACAUGGGCCAGGAGAUUGACACCCAGAACCGCCAGGUCGACAGGAUCAUGGAGAAGGCCGAUUCUAACAAGACCAGGAUUGACGAGGCCAACCAGCGUGCUACAAAGAUGUUGGGCAGUGGCUAAACUGCAGCGAGAGAGAAAAGAGAAGUGCUUUCAUC